AUGUCGCUGCCGCUGGCCACGACCUUCGUCGCGCCGCGGCCGCCGCGGCGCGCGGCCGUCGCGGCGAACUACGUGCCGCUCGCGCCGGCGGACGUGGCGUCCCUGCUCGCGCCGGCGGACGUGGCGUCCCAGCUGCCGCUCGUGGCGUCCCAGCUGCCGCUCGUCAUCGCGAGCGCCGCGGCGGCGCCGCCGCUGGCCCUGGGCCCGCUGGUAACCAAGGCCCUGGGCGGCGGCCUGAGCGGCGCGUCGGCGGGCGUCGUCCAGGUCCUGAGCCUCAUGUGGCUGCGCACGGCCAUGAACUACGAGUACUCGAACGGCGGCAACUCGACGGUCGCCACGGUCCGGAGCCUCUACGCCGAGGGCGGCGUGCCCCGGCUCUACCGCGGCGUCCAGUACGCCCUCGUCCAGAGCCCCCUGAGCCGCUUCGGCGACGCCGCGGCGAACGCGGCCGUGCCCGCGCUCGUCGUCGCGUUCUUCGCGGACGGCGGCAACCCGCUGGGCGUCGACGUCGUCGUGCCCCUCGCGGCGUCCCAGGCCUGCGCCUCCGUCGCCGCCGCGGGCUGGCGCAUCCUCAUCGCGCCCGUGGACACGUACAAGACGGCGCUCCAGGUCGAGGGCUCCGUCGACGGCCUCGGCGCGCGCGUCGCCGCGAACGGGCCCGCGGUGCUCUGGCGCGGCUGCCUCGCGGCGGCGGCGGCGACCUUCGUCGGCAACUACCCCUGGUUCCUCACCUACAACUACCUCGACGGCGUCCUGCCCGCCGCGGACCCCGGGCUCGAGAAGCUCGCGCGCCGCGCGGCGCUCGGCGUCGCCGCGUCCUGCGCGUCCGACGUGUGCUCCAACGGCCUCCGCGUCGUCAAGACCAAGGUCCAGACGUCGCCCGACGCCGACGCGUCGCCCCUGGACGUCGCGCGGCGCGUCCUCGACGAGGACGGCCUCCGGGGGCUCCUCGGCCGCGGCCUCAAGACGCGGCUCCUCGUCAACUGCCUCCAGGGCGCCGUCUUCUCCGUCGCCUGGAAGUACUUCGAGCAGGUCCUCUUCGCGCCGCCCUAG